UUUUCAAAUGCUGGACCUUCCAAAACGAAAACUUUAAAAUUCCAGAAUCAUGUACGAGCCUUUCUUGCCUAUGGAACGAUAAGGGUGCGUUUCGGUUUGGCUGUAAACGGAAAUUUUGAUGAAUUGUUGCAGAGACCGGUUGGGCUUUGUUUCCCUUGCUUGAUUUUCAGCUUUCUGCUUCUCCUCCAGGGUUCACGGCGAGGGCAGCAUCCAUCUGUUCGCUCCUCAUCUUUCGUCGCUAAACUUCCAUGAAAAGUUUUAGUUCUUGGUUUCGCCGCUUGGCACACGGGGAAAACAAUCCCUAUAGCAACGGUCUUGUAAACAAAACAAAACAGUUUCAUUCAUUCAUCAUCUUCAGAUAAAGACGUUUUGUUUUACUAUGGCAAAAGUAGGAAACUCUUGAGACGCAAAAAUGAGCAAAGAAAAUUUUGACCAGCCUCUAAGUUUCUACCGAAAAAUGGCUGAACUUCAAGAAAGAUUACGUCAGCUUGAGGAGGAGCGAUCAUUCAUUGCAGAAAAAUACACAAAGUUGGUGAAAAGCAGACGAAAAAGGAACGGAGAAAUGAUAACGCAACUGAAAGAGGAAUAUGCUCGAUUUUUGGAACAUGAUAGGCAGAGAAAAAUGAGGACAGAAAAUAUUAUGGCAUCUCUCGAAAAUAUUGAUCAACACACGGCCAUAAUUCAUACCAAAACCGAGCAUUUAAAAGAAAUGAGGCGACAGUACGAUGCGUACAUGACCAAGUUGCAUCCAAAAGUAAAUCUAAAACACAGCAGCACGAAGGAAAACUUUAGCACGCCAAACUUCAGCCGUUUCCAAAGCCGACCUCCGCCGCCUCCGCAGUGGCACACUCCCUUUGCAGGCAACUACAAAUUAAGUGACACGCAAUCCAGCUUCAAACCGCAAUUAAAUUCGUCAGCGGCACGAUACACUGACCCAUUUGCAACGAGCGCAAACUUUUACCCCAGCAGCAGUCGGGGCUACCCAGACCCUGCUUAUCAGCAACCGAGCACGCAAUCUCAAGAUGACGACCUUUUGUGGAGGUACAACCCUCUGAGCAGGAGCCGAGAAUACUCGGACAGGCUCGAGCCCGACGAGCAGUUCGAAAAACUCAGUUUGAACCUCGACAAGGUUCUGGAUUUGUCGGAAAAACCAAAAGUUCCUGAAUACAAAAUGCCGGACGAUUUUGGCUUUUUGGAAAGAAAAACCAUCAAAGUGGAGAGUACAAUAAAACAACCCGUCCUUUCUCCUUAUGCCGAGGAGAAACUUGAAAAUAAUAUUAUUGUAGAAGAAACUGCUGAUGUGUUUGUCGAAGAAGAGGACAUUCGCGUUGCGACAUCGAUUUUCAAUAAAGAGGACCCUGUUUUCAAACAAAUCGAGGAGGCAUCCGCAUUGAGCGACGUCGCCGACACCGUCACGCAAGACGUCACGCUGACACCAACCCCAUUGGACUAUGUGGAGAGCGUCGGUGAAGCGCACGCAGAGUUGGAAGCCGAGUCGCUCGAUUCAAAGAAAAAUGAAAUGCAAACAAUCUUGCCGUCAGAAGUAGAACACAAAACGCCGUACCUUAUCAAUAGUGAUCUGCACGAGCAGGCGUCGGAAAAUCGCGAAAAUUUUGAAAAUUAUAAGCCGAUUGAAGCGGAACAAAAAUUUGAACAUUUUCCUGUCACUAACACAGGUAACCUUCAAUACGAAAAUGAAGCAAUAAACUUAAAUAACCAACCCGAAGAAAUAAUUCCUGCCGAGCAAUACUAUUCCGAAACUCCUGCACCAAAUUUGACCAGCAAUUUUACUCCGGAAGAUGAGCUGCAAGUUCAUUACCCCGCGGAGCCUCCUGUUCAGUACGAGCCACCCGUCCCUAUUCAGUACGAAGUGCCUCAAAAUGUGUAUCAAGAGCCGUACCAUGAAAACAGCGCUCAAAUGUACGAGCCUGUGACGUCCAAUCAGCAAAAUUCUCACAUGUACGGCAACUACGAAGAGAGCUCUGAAAGUUCGGCAGUGAAGAGUGAGCCACAGAUGUAUCAGCAGCAACAGUUCAAUUCGCCAGUGCCAUAUAAUGCGGACGGAUUCAGGGAAAUGGAGCUUGAGCCCCAGCCGGUGCCUUACACUUACGAGCAGACCCCUGAUUAUUCCAUCCACGAGGCAAACUCAACUUCACUCUCACAGUCGUCCUCUCAGCGUGAAGUUUUAGAUGAAAGAGUCAGUAUCCAAUCUGUGAGCCAGGCAAGCGCAAGUGAUGAGGUUGAACAGCAAAUGACAGAUAUUCUGAAGCACGCUCCUACCCCAAACCGUCCACCAGCACCACCAGGGAAAAAAGGAAUUUCACCGUCUUCGUCGUGGAGCAAACUGAAAAAUUUGGGAGCCACAGGAGCUCUAAGAACUAGACCCGGAAGCCCGUCUUCAAAUUCGUCGAAGUCCUCUUCAGGCUCAAAGAAAAGUUCUCCUAAUAGGAGCCCCACCUCAAGUUCUACUAGUAGAAGUCCUAGUGCAAGGCGAUCAAAUGUAAAUAAAUAAGGAAGCAACAAACAAUUUUGUUCACGUAAUGACGUAAUUGUCAUCCUUAUUCUUGUGCAAAUCUUGAUGGAGUAAGUUUUACAUAAAUUAUUAAUAAUUUUUUUUGUUAUUUAAUGAAACUUAUCUCCUUUAUUACUUAAAUGUUGUGCAUUAAAUUUAUUAAAUACAUCAUUCACGUUGAAGCAACUGGUAGUUAAUAAAUGUGUUAAAAUAAUUGGA